UCUAUUGUCUUCAUCACUUUGUAUUUAUCUGCAAGACUCUUUUUUGUUUUUUGUUUUUUGUUUUUGUGCAGGCAGCCCUAAACCCCAAGUGCAAAUCUUGUAAAUUCCUCCAUUUUUUCUCAAGAUGGAUUGGUGGGUGUCAAUGCCAAAAGUUGAACUACAUGCCCACCUCAAUGGCUCCAUCAGAGACUCCACUUUGAUGGAACUUGCUAGAGAAUUGGGUAACAGGGGGCUCGUACAUUUUCCUGAUGUGGAACGUGUUAUCUUAAAACAUGAUCGCUCCCUUACUGAAGUCUUCAAAAUGUUUGAUUUGAUUCACAUUCUUACAACUGACCAUGAAACUGUAACCAGAAUUACUAAAGAGGUAAUUGAAGAUUUUGCUGCUGAAAAUGUUGUAUACUUGGAGCUAAGGACAACUCCAAAGAAAAAUGUCUCCAAAGGGAUGAACAAGAAGUCAUACAUGGAAGCAGUUUUGGAGGGUUUAAGGGCUGUUAGUACCGUCGAAGUUGAUAUUUUUAGUGAACCUAAUUUUGAUUGUCCUGCUAGUGCCGCUAUUUAUGCUCGGAACAAUGAAUGUGCAAGCAAUGGAACAGGAAAAAAGAAAAUAUAUGUCAGACUUCUACUCAGUAUUGAUCGUCGUGAAACCACAGAAGCUGCAAUGGAAACUGUUAAGCUUGCUCUGGAAAUGAGACAUUUGGGAGUUGUGGGUAUCGACCUUUCUGGCAAUCCUAUCAUUGGUGAAUGGCUAACCUUUCUUCCUGCUUUGGAGUUUGCUAAAGAGCAAGGACUUCUGAUUACCCUUCACUGUGGCGAGGUACCCAAUCAGGUGGAAAUCCAUGCAAUGCUAGAUUUUCUUCCCGCAAGAAUUGGCCAUGCUUGUUGCUUUGGAGAAGAAGAAUGGGCAAAGCUAAAAUCCUUAAAAAUACCGGUUGAAAUUUGCUUGACUUCCAACAUCAGGACCGAAACAAUAUCUUCUUUGGAUAUUCAUCAUUUUGCGGAUUUAUAUAAUAGUGGACAUCCAAUUGUCCUCUGUACUGAUGACUCGGGGGUAUUCUCUACCAGCGUAUCUGGCGAGUAUAGUCUUGCCUCUUCUAGUUUUGGUAUACAAAGGAGAGAGAUGUUCCAGCUGGCUAGGAAUGCUGUUAAUUUUAUUUUUGCUGGUAAUAAAGUAAAACAGGAGCUGGAGCAAGUAUUUGAUUUAGCUGCAAAGACCCUGGAGUUCUGAUGAAGAAUAUUGAAAACUGAAAUGGGGUUUUUAAAUGGAACUAUAUUGACAUUGAAGAUUUAUAUAAUCGACUCCAACUUGCUUGAGAUUGAAGUGUUUGUUAUCAUUGCUCAUGCCACUUAUUCCUUCUAUGAUAUAUGUUGGUUAUGAAACAAUACAUAUUGGCUACUUGUAAUCAAAACUGGCUCUAUAUUCAAAUUAUCGACUACUUCUCUACCUUAGUAUUUUUCAAACCUGGUUUGAGUAAUGUUUUUAUUGA